CGCAGCAGAAAACAGGAGUUAACCACCAGUGAGCCAAGCGCAGACACUUACUGCAAAUCUACCGCCAUUUAAGAUCGAAAUCGGAGUAGUUUAUGUGCACAUAGAAAGGAGAGGAAGACUCCUCUGUCUGCCGGGAUGAGAUCUGCACCAGCAUGUGAGGAGCAUGAGUUGUGAGAGAGGAAACAGUGAGGUCGAGGGUGGGCAUCAAAGUGUGCUCUGAUCACAGGGGUUUAUAUGGUGGAUUCUGUCAGUUAAAGAUUAGCUUUCAUCACCAAGGCAACCCCACUCCCUCCCACCAUGAUGGGCGAGGUUGUCCCAGCCCACCAGCAGGGGGACCCAGCUGUUGCAGCAUCUAUCCCAGGAGAUCCCAUGGAUGUGGAGUGUCCCAUCUGCUACCAGGAGUACAACCAGUACAACAAAUGCCCCAGGAUGCUGGAGUGUCUCCAUGUUUUUUGCACCGAGUGCCUCCAAAGGAUCCAGCUCUGCCGCUUUGAGCCCCCUGACCCUCACAGCCCACCAGCCAUCCCCUGUCCCUUGUGUCGCCACCUAACCCCCCUCGAAUCUGGCGAUGCCCUUACCUUACCCUGCAACUCCCGCAUCCUGGCCAGGCUGCCCCCGUUGGCCUUACACCUGCCUGCCUCCAUGGCUGCCUGCCUGUCGUCAGUCACCCAGAGGGUGGUGCUCUCCCUGGAGGGCGACAACAGGGACACCCGCUUCAUCAUCCUGCCCACCGUCAGCCUGCGGGUGCAGCAGAUGCACCCGGACACAACGUACGGCACAGCGCCGGGCCUGAUAGGCGAAGGGGAAGUCAUAGAGCAGAGCAAGAAUACGCUGUUCUGUGUGCAGUUGCUGGCUGUCGUCUUCUGGGUGCUGUUCGUCAUCACCUGCGUGGUUGGGGUGGUGUUUGGGCCCCACAUUCUGAACAAGAAGUUAUAGUAGGAAAAAGGAGUUCUCUCCAUUUUGUUGCAGAUAUACUGUCGUUGUUGAUAUGAAGACAGAUACUGCGACAGGUUUUUUUUUAUUUGCAAUAAUUUUUUAAAGGUAUAGUGUGUAAGAUUUAGACCUUAACGACACACAGCAAAUCUUUUUUGUUCUUCCUAGUUGUCCGUGAACACUGCAUGAUUUCAAGACAUUUCUUUAUACACACAAAACUACCCAAAAUUCAUGAAGCAAAGGUGCGGUUUUGAGAUUUUUUGACUAAUGCCAUUGCAAAAUGCCAUUUGCGUGUGGUUAAAAAGCCAAUAUACAAAACUUUUGUGUAUUCCCCGAAACUUGCUGGUGUUUAGAUUAACACUAACAAACACAGGACUCCUCCCCUCACCCCUCCCUUUCCCAAGCUCAUCAGGAGACUACAGUGGCCUUGAAUACCAGAAAGACCUUUUUCUUUGUUUACGUAA